AUGGCUAUUACAGAAAGCUACGCGAUCAGUGAUCUGAUCAGAGACAGCCCCCGGUUUGCCGGGCUGAGGGGUAAAUUGUUGGAGUUUGAACCGGGGAGCGAUGAGUACCUCUACGCACUGUUUGAUGAGUUGCCCUUGAACAGUUACCCCACGUACAAGACGUUUCUGAAACAGCAGGCUGUGGAAGUUGACAACUUUGACAAGAGUGACCAUUUGAGUCCAGUGUUUCGAAGCUCACUGUCCCCCAAACAGCUGGUGACAUGUGUGGACAGCACUCUGCAGAGUGGGUUUGACCAUUUUAUGCUCUCAGUGAAGAGGUGGCCCUCGAAUGACUUUCUUGGGGUGAGACCCUACGAUGCGGUCACUGACACUUGGGCGGACCACUUCGAAUUUCAAAGUUACCAGGAAGUUGCGCGGCGAUCAAGAGCGUUUGGGUCCGGUAUAUUAUCAGUGGUCAAUACGAAACGGCGGCAGACACUGACCAAUAACGAUUUUAUUGUCGCUGUUCUGUCGCACAAUACACCACAGUGGGUCAUUACCGAUCUGGCCUGCCAGUCUUUUUCCCUGCCCAACACGUCCCUGUACGAGACUCUGGGACCGCAGACCUCAGAGUAUAUUAUGAACUUAACGGAGAGCCCCGUGUUGGUAUACUCGAAGAAUAACUUGUACAAUGUGUUGAAUUUUUUACCGAAGUUAGAGUUUGUCAACACUUUGAUUUGCAUGGAUUACAUGGACGACUCGCAAGUCAGGUACCUAAACGAGUCCCUGCUAAACAUUAAAGUCAACGCGAGGGGGGAGCAAAUCACUUUCUACUCGAUGGAACAAGUGGAGAAAAUUGGGGUCAUGACGAACAUAUCGCUUAUACCACCAAGAGCUGAUUCACUGUACACGAUUUCGUUCACAUCGGGGACGACAGGUUUACCGAAGGGUGUUGAAAUAACGCACCAAAUUUUGACCUCAGGAGUUGCUUUUGGGUUGAGUACUUUUAAGAUACCCUCUAACAAGAAAGACAAACAGUUGUACGAUCUUUGUUUCUUACCGCUAGCUCAUAUUUUCCAAAGGAUGAUUGUUGCGUACGAUAUUUCCCGUGGUGUAGGUCUCGGGUUUUUGAACAAACCGGACCCUACUCUGCUCGUAGAGAACUUAAAGCUCUUGAAACCAGAUUCUUUGGCUUUGGUGCCCAGAAUACUGACAAGAUUCGAAGCUGGGAUCAAAAACAAUUUAUCUCAGUCUACCCUCAGGAACGGCGUCGCGAAUAAUAUCAUUGACGCGAAAGCGGCCAGGUUUUCAACGAAAGGUGGCACGGAUCACUCCAUUAUGAACUACUUGGUGUACCACCGUGUACUGAUCCAAAAGAUAAGGGAGGGACUCGGGCUGAGCAACACGACGUAUCUUGUCACUGGGUCGGCGCCUAUUUCGAAAGAGACUCUACUUUUCCUUCGCAGUUCUUUAGACACCGGUGUGAGGCAAGGGUACGGUCUAACCGAGUCAUUCGCGGGGAUCUGUCUGAGUGAGCCCUUCGAAAGGGAUGCUGGGUCCUGUGGUGCUAUUGGGAUCACUGCUGAGUGCAGGCUGAGGGAUGUCCCCGAGUUGAACUACUACGCGAAGAGGGACUUGAAGGGAGAGCUGUUGCUCCGUGGUCCGCAGAUCUUUUCCAAGUACUACAAGAACGAGGAGGAAACGGCGAAGGCCGUUGACGAGCACAACUGGUUUGCCACUGGUGAUGUUGGUUUCAUUGAUCCGAAGGGGAGGUUGCACAUCAUUGAUCGUGUCAAGAAUUUCUUCAAGUUGGCACACGGCGAGUACAUUGCGCCGGAGAAAAUCGAGAACUUGUACUUGUCCGUGUGCCCCUACAUCACACAAAUAUUUGUGUACGGUGACACUUUGCAGAACUAUCUGGUUGGUGUACUGAGUAUUGAUGUGGACAGCGUGCGGGAUUUUUUGGGGAACAGUAACCCUCAAAUCAAAUCUUGGGAGGUAGAGACUUUGGUGAACAAACUGAACAAAGAUGUGACUCUGCGGAAGUCUCUGUUGAACUCGGUCAACAGUUGCAUGGAAGGGUUGCAAGGGUUUGAGAAACUGCACAACAUCUACAUUGGUGUGGACCUUUUGAGCGUCGAGAACGGGACCGUGACUCCGACCUUGAAGAUCAAGCGGGUUCAAGCGACCGCACACUUCAAGCGGGAACUUGAACGGAUGUACGAGGAGGGUUCGAUAAUUAAGACGAGCAAACUAUGA